UUGUCGAAUGUCGCCUGUCGCCACGACAUAACAAAAUAAAUAAAUGAUAGUAUCUUUUUAAAUAUAAAUAUCAUAUAAUUUUGCAAAAUGGUCAGGACUGUGUAUUCUCCCGAGCAUUGUCUUCAAUAUUUAGAGCAAUAUGCAACUCAAGAAAACUUUGUAUUAGGUUUAAUAUUAGGCCAGAUAACCGAUGCACGUGAAAAUAUAAUUCACUUAGCCCGUACACCCGACGACAAAACUGCUGAUACAGUUUCAGAGGAAACUUACGAUUCACAAAAAACGGAAUCCGUACGAAAUUUACUAGGAGUGUCAGAAGCAUGGGUUGCGGAUCAUGCAAAACAUGUAACACGUAUGUUACCAGGAGGAAUGUUUGUUCAAGGUAUUUUUAUCACAAGUGAUGAAGAUGUCUUUGAAGAUCCUAACCAUUUUAGUAAAAUUAAAGCUGUCCUCAAUUUCAUACAUAAAACUUUAAGUAGCAAUCAGUAUAUGUUUGGAAACUAUCCUCAUAUGAAUGAGAGACUCAUACUUCAUAUGUCUACUAGUACUAAAGUACUGACAUGUAAAAGUAUUGAGGUGGGGUCAAGUAAAACUAUGUCAAUGAAGCCAGUUGAGUGGAAAUUUUUGCCCAAGAUGCAGCAAUGGCAAAGACUAGACUGCUAUUAUGAAUUUGAUGAUGUUUAUCCAGUCAUUGUCAAGAAAAGUGGUAUAUCAGUAAAGCAACAAUUUCAGCAAAUACUGGAAGUUGCAUACAAAACAAUACAAUCAAGUGUGAUGUUUAUUGAUGGAGAGUUAAAAGAUGGUUCUGAUGCUUUGGAACAACUCAUAAAGAAAAAAAGACUAAAGAGUAGUACAAAGACUACACAAGAUGCUCCAAAAUCAAUGCAUGUUUCGUUAUUUGUGCCUUUUGAAAACAGCCUUCCAGAAACAGUAGAAUAUCUAGAAUGUGAUGGUAACAUACAUUUUAGUGGGGUUGUAUCCUCCAGUGUGUUUAUGUACCCAAAAGCAACAGUCAGUGAAGCUAUCGCUGCAGUUAAACAAGAUAUCAUCCGUUCCCUAGCUUCCCGUUUCACAAUGCAUUGUGAUGCUUUGAUUGACGAUAAUUUGUUGCCAGAAGAGAAAGUGUGUUUUAAUGAGCCUCCACGUCGAGUCUUGGUGCCUGUGGGUUCACUUUAUCUUUGUGACUAUCUCUUUCCUGGUGAAGCACCAGCUGAAGCCUUGUUGUCUGUUAAAGAGCUCCUCGACUUACAAAUUACUGAAGGCGAUGUAGUGUGUGAUGUUGAAACACCUGCAGAUACUUCCGAGUUUGACGCUUUGGAUCGCGAUACAAGCAGUGAAGAACUUCUGGCAACACCACAGGAAGCUAGUCAGUUCAUGUACAUCACCGGCAUUUGCUUUGCUAUGUUUGUCUUAAUAGUGUCGAUAUUCAUACAUUAUUAUGACGCAAUUGUACAAUUCAUGGGCAAACUACUCACAAGGUCUUGAAUUUGAAUUUAGUAUACUAAAUAUUAUAAGCCUUAUUUGUUAUUAUUUGUAAAAAAUUGUUUACUGACUACAUUAUUGAUGUAAUAAUAAUUUUAAAUAUAUAAAACAUGAUAUGCACCUGUUUUGUACAGACUUUGCUGUGUAAU